AUGGCCUACUCUGCCCCCGGCCCAGCCUAUUGCCUUCCUUCAUCUCCUGAUGUCUAUGAGGCGUCCAUUGAAUUCCUACCAAGCAUGAGAGCCGUCGACUACUUCCUUCCCAAGUACUAUCUCGAAAGCAUCAUAUUCAAAGUCGAAGAUCGUCUGUUCAAAGUCCCGCGAUACCACUUCGAACACAAUUCGGACAUCUUCUCGACGACACUGUCGCUGCCCUCUGUUAACGACAACGAUGCUGAGGGAAACAGUGAUUCCAACCCAUUUGUGCUCGAGGGCAUCGAGUCUCUCGACUUUCAGCGUCUAUUGAAAGUCCUCUACCCGCUCGACAUCCCUCAACUACUUGCUUAUCCGAAAGACGACUGGAUCUCAGUGCUCAAGUUGUCAACGAUGUGGUUCUUCAUUGCUGCACGUGAUCUCGCGAUCACCCGACUCGACACCCACAACCUCUCGCCAGUCGAGCGAAUCGUUUUGGCGCGGCAAUACGACGUCUCCAAGUGGCUGCGCUCAGCGUACACCGAACUCUGCACGCGCGAGGAAGGCAUCACUCUUGCUGAUGCCGAGACGAUCGGGUAUCGCACGACCGUCCAAAUGUACCAAGUACGCGAGGCGGCCAUCAAACGGCACGAGUCUGGACAUGGCCGGUAUUACCAUAACGGGACGCACUCCAACCACAAUCAGAAUACGGGGAGCCGUUUCUCGAGUGCAGAUGUCGAGGGCACAUUUGGCACAGAGUUCAGGCAGGCGGAUGCUGCGAGUGCAGUCUAUACCAAGACUCGUCGGUAA